AUUUAUCUUUUGGUACUAAAUCUAUGACAUUUAGGGAAUAUGCCGUGGUUAGGAGUGGGACUGUGGUGCAAUGGCUGUCCACCGCUAGGCUGCGAAGACGACGAGGCGAUAAUCCAUGGUUACUGCUGUGGAUGUGCUUAUGGCUUGGUUCAAUAUAUAUUUUUUACAGAUAAGUUACCAGUUAUAUGUCCAGAAUUCCUUCAGUGUCCGUUGAACUUACAUGGGCUGUGUCAUGACUACGAAUAUAUGAUGAGGUGUUGUUGUUAAGUGUUUCGAAAAAAUAUUAACGCUAUUGCUAGUGUUGAGCGUCAAGUGUGGGACACUCGCGCCCGCUAAUUUUACUCUUGCUGGCCCUUAAAUUAUUGACACGUGCUUUAAAUAACACAUAUCGAAACAAUUGCGAAAAAUACGAAAGCGUCUUUGUUUAUUUGCUUCGAUUUCAAGUCUUAACUACUUAAUUGAUCAUCAU